CUCUUAUCCACACAAUUUCCUGCUCUACAAACCUUGCUAUCUCUACACACCAUGUUUGUUUAACUUCCAAUCUAUUGCGUAAUAUCUCUAUAGCACUUCUGCUAAUUUCUUGCUAUGUUAUAGGCAACGUGCUCUCUCCUUCCGCUCGCGGCAGUCGUCAGACGACGUCCCGCUCUCCCCGCUCUCAUCCACCAUGAUCGCCAUACCCUCGCGUUCCCGUUCGCCCCUCAAGUUCCGCUUCCCAAUCCCCAACUCCCCUCUCUCCCGCCUUGUUAAAUCCUUCUCACCCGUGAUCUCGCACUACAAAUCCGCCGCCAGCGCCGCGUGCACCACCGCGCAGCUGCUGUCGGACUGGGGCGAUGUCACCGGCGACCUCGCGGUUUCGGACGUGGCGGAUAAGUUUGGCGUUGUGUUUCACGAGGUUGCGUCGGUGGAUAUGAGGUACGUCAGCCAGCUUGAGGAGUUCAAGGACUCGCUCGCCACCAUCCUCGACGUCGCGUCCUCAAUCAAGCCAGUGAAAGCCCACCAGGCAAAGCUGCGCGAGCAGCUCAACCGCGCCCUGGCCGCCUCCAACAGCGCGUCCUCCCCCACCUCCAUGAGCUCCGGCAGCUCCCAACUAACAACCUCUCAGCUCAUCAAGCAGGAAGAGAACAUCGCCAAGCAGCAACGCAAGGUCGAGCAGCUCCAGCGCGAGAUCGUCCGCGCAGACGCAGAGAGCCUCGUCGCCGACGCGCAGCUCCAGAACGCUACCCGUGAACGUCUCCGCGUGGCGGCGCAGUGUCAUCUUGACGCACUCCAGGAACGCUGCGAGCGAGGUCUCGUCCUGGCGAAAUACGGCCGCCGGAUCGCGAGACUGCUCGACGGCGACGUCAUCGUGCCCGGCCAAUCUAUCCCCGAGUACGGCGGCGAGCGCGCGGCAAGGGAGCUUAUGAGCCGUCUCGAGGACGAGCUGCGUACCUGGCGGCCGGGCGCGCUGACUAAUUGCACAAACGUCAGCCAUACUCUUGUUGACGAGCGUCCGAUUUGCGGGACGGAGGAAGAGGAGGAGGAGGAGGCGAAUGCGGAGUAUGCGCGCUCAGGCGGGUUUGGGGAGCAGUACGCUGCUGCUGCUGCUGCUGCUGCUAGCAUCGUUUCCCCUUUGCGUUGAUACCGUGUCUGUUGUCCUGAGUCUGGUUUCUGUUUCGGG